GUGCUAACAAGGAAGUUAAUUAAUGAGAAGGUCAUGUAAUGGAUACAACAGUUUUAUUUUUACGUUUGAAGAGAAUGACACACAAUUGACCAUGAACUAAAUUGUGUAUCUGCAGGUUAGCUGUGAGAAGAGUUAUUAAUAAAAAAAAUGGCGACAAGGAGAGCAUCAGAAAGCAGAGGAAGUCGGUUAGUUGUUGCUGCUAUAGACUUGGGAACAACUUUCUCAGGAUAUGCCUUUUCCUUCAGAUCUGAUUUUGAGUCCAACCCACUUAAAAUUAGCACAAAUGAUUGGUCAGCAGAGGGAGUUCACAGUUCAGAGAUGAAAGCGCCAUCUAUAUUGCUUCUCAAUCCUGACCAAUCAUUUAACUGCUUUGGAUACCGAGCACAACAUACUUACUCAGACUUGUUGGACGAUGACCCAGAAAAAGCGGCCAAAUAUUAUUUUGUCAAAAACUUCAAAAUGCAGUUGCAUAAUAGGGAAAUUUCUUUGGGAAUGAUGAUCCAAGACGUAACAGGAAAAGAAUUGCCGGCUAUCAACGUAUUUACUGAAUCAAUAAGGUUUCUCAAAGAUCAUUUCCUUGAAAUGUUCACCGACAAAAAGUUAGGCUUUACUAUCAAUGAUGUCUUCUUUGUGAUUACCGUUCCUGCCAUUUGGAGCGACGCUGCAAAGCAGUUUAUGAGGGUGGCCUCUGAGAAGGCAGGUAUAAAAAGUUCCCAGAUGAUGCUAGCAUAUGAACCGGAAGCUGCUGCCUUGUUUUGUAGUCUGUUACCCGAUGACCAAGGAAUUGCUAAAUAUUUCCAGGAAAAACGAAGACUUAUGAUAGUAGAUCUGGGUGGUGGUACGGCUGAUAUAACGGUUGUCAAAGUAAUAAAACGUGAAGAGAAACUUACCUAUAUAGAGCACGUGUACAGAGUUACAGGAGGGGCUUGGGGAGGUAACCAAGUCAAUAAGAAUUUUGAAAAAUUCUUAGAAUCUGUAUUCGGAAAUGACGUCAUGGAUGAGUUUAAAAGAGAUUAUCUUUCCCAAUAUUUGGAGAUGAUGAGAGACUUUGAAGUGCAGAAGAAAACACUUUCAACUUCAGGUACGAAAACCGGUGUCGGAAUCAGAUUUGGGGGCGACCUUCGUCAUAUUUUUAAAAGUAAGCGAGGAAAAGACAUAAAAGAUGAAUUACAAGACAAAUAUAAAGGUUUAGUAAGAAUAACAGGUGACAAAUUGCGAUUUGACCUAGCAAUAUUCAAAAGAUUUUUCCAAGACUGUGUAAAUAAAAUUGUCAAUCAUAUUAAUGAAAGCUUUUUGAAAAGAGGAUGUGCAUGGCCGUCUGCUAUGAUAUUAGUUGGUGGAUUUUCCGAUGCUCCUGUUAUCCGGGAAGCAAUUGUUGACGCCUUUCCCGUUAUAAGAGAUGUUGUGUCGCCCGUGGCGACAUCAUUGGCAGUUUUAAAAGGAUCAGUUAUAUUUGGUCACGAACCAGCCAUAGUUACUGGCCGAGUCUGUCGUGAAACGUUAGGCCUCACACUCCGUCGUCCAUAUGUACCAGAAGGUCAAACGGAAAAGAAAACGUUUAAAAUUGAUGGACAAUUGCGAGCAGAUAAAAGUUUUCAAAAAAUGUUUUCAAUAAAUGAAAUCAUUAAACUUGGACAAACACGUACAGUGGCAAUACAAGAUCUUCAUACAAACAAAGAGCUACGAAAACAUCCGAAGAUUAUCGAAGUUUAUGCUUCACAAGACGAAGAUCCUAAAUAUAUCACGGACGCUGGUUGUUCCCUCAGAGGAAAAAUCACUGUUAAUCCGCCAAACGGUAAAUGGCCGGAAAAUGCGGAAGGUUUUAUUGAUAUGGAAACUGGAGGAACGGAAAUUAUCGUACGGUACAGAGACAAACAUUCUGGUCAGAUUACUGAAGAAACGAUAGAUUUUAUGUGAUAUUUUUUAUCUGAAUAUAGUUUUCUCUUCAAAUGUUAUUAUAUAUACAAAAAUUAAAAAUUACUGUAACUGAAAA